GCAAGCCCGUAUUAUUAUUCGGCCUUGCCCGACACCUGCGUCAUCACUGUGGCCUUGGGCUGCGCUUGGCUGAUGUAGUUGGCUGGAAGAUAGGCGCUUGGGCUCAAGGCGCGUCCUAUGUCGUGCAACGUGAUGAUACUUCUGCGCGGUUUACGCGAUUGCGAAGGUCACGUGCGGCCGUUGGAUUGGGUUCCUGCGGCCAAAUCGCAGCGAAAUCGGAACGUGCGAUGCGUGAAAAACAACUAUUUUCACCAUUUUCACACGGCCGAGCCAGGGAUUCCCACCCUAGUUAUCUUUUUUCGUCGUCUUGGAAGAUGCUGGCCCAGUACGACGGGGCAAGCCCGUGCCGCCACUGCCUCGACGAGCCCGCGGCCGCGUCGACCAUGUCGUCGACCUUCUUCAUGGCCUCGUGUCUCUUCCUCUUUGGCUUCCUCUGCUCGUCCAUCCACACGAAGUCGAGCGCGGCGGCGCACGACACGCAGCUCUCGCCGUUCAUGCGGCCACGACGCCGGCCGCUGGCGCCCGAGGUCCGCACCCUCGCGCCCACAACCGAUGUCAUCGAAAAGCAGUAUGGCGCCUUUGUCAACAUGCCACUCACGGUCAUCCACGAGGUGCUCUUGUUUCUUGACGCCCGCGACCUCGUGCCAUGCACGAUGCUCAACACCACAUGGCACCACACGCUCUGCGAUACCGAUACGAUGCUGUGGUCGCAAGUGUUUCGGCGCGACUUUUUCGAGGACGGGUCGCGCUUCCACGCGCCGUGCGGACUCUCGUGGCACGAAUACUACUUCCAGCACCGCCUCAACCGCCCGAUCGAGCGCAUGAAGCUGCUCGUGGGCCGGCAGUGCGUCGCGGUCGAAGGCCACGUGUACGACGUCACGGACUUUCUGUACGAACACCCUGGCGGGCACCGCGUGAUUGCAGACGUGCUUGGCACGGACGCCACGUCGGUCUGGCUCGAAUUUGAACAUUCGGAGGGCGCCCAGCGCGCCAUGGACGCGCUCCGCGUGCCCGACGACAUUUGUCCGGCGUUCCCUCUCCAAGGCAACCUCGAGCGCAUCGCGGACCGGCGGCACGGCUUCUUCCAGCGCUGGCUGCGCAAGGUCGUGCCGUCGAUCCGACAACCAACUCCCAGUCCGUAACAAAUAGCUCAAUGAAUGUGCAACCAUAAACCACAACACUUGUUGGACAUAUUGGACG